CAAAAUGUCUCAAACACACUCACCUCCAGCAAGCACUCAUGAUAGCUAUUACGACCUCGGCUCAUACCAUCGCCGUAUAACAUCCAGUAGCCAAGAUGCGCAAGUCUGGUUCGAUCGAGGUCUCAUUUGGACAUAUGCCUUCAAUCACGAGGAAGCCGCGAAGUGCUUCGAACACGCCAUUACCAUCGACUCGAGCUGCGCAAUGGCAUAUUGGGGACUUGCUUACUCGACUGGUCCUAAUUACAACAAGCCGUGGGAGGUUUUUGACGAAGAUGAAAUAGUCACCAGUGUGAAUCGGACACAUCGUGCUGUCAUGCAAGCAAAAGAGCAUGCUGCUAAUGCCUCACCGGUUGAGCGUGCCCUGGUCGACGCAUUACAAUUUAGGUAUCCUAAGGAAUGGCCAGCUAAAGACUUUUCGAUGUGGAAUCAGCAGUACGCGGAAGCCAUGGAGUCUGUCUACAAAGAGUUCCAAGAUGAUCUCGAUGUGGCAACCUUGUACUCUGACGCACUGAUGAACUUGACUCCAUGGCAAUUAUGGGAUCUCCGUAGCGGCAAACCUGCCGCAGGAGCACGCACCAUGGAAGCAAAAGCUGUUCUCGAUCGUGCUCUCGCUACUGAAGAAGGACUCAAACAUCCAGGCUUACUUCAUCUCUUCAUUCAUCUCAUGGAAAUGUCUGGCACACCAGAGCGAGCUCUUACUGUAGCCGAUCAUCUACGAGGCCUGGUCCCAGAUUCUGGACAUCUAAAUCAUAUGCCAACACAUCUAGAUAUCCUAUGUGGCGACUACAGACGAGCUAUAGCGUCGAACUCGGAUGCUAUUCGUGUUGAUGAGAAAUUCCUUGCUCAAGAAGGUCCUUUGAACUUUUAUACAUUAUAUCGAUCACAUGAUUACCACUUCCGGAUCUAUGCAGCUAUGUUCUCUGGACAGUUCAAGAUUGCGCUUGAGACCGUUGAACAACUGGAACGGUCUAUUCCGGAAGGCCUACUUCGUGUCAAGUCACCACCGAUGGCAGACUGGUUGGAAGGCUUCCUAAGUACCCGGAUACACGUCCUCGUACGCUUCGGCCGUUGGCAAGACCUCGUAGAUCUCGAACUCCCAAACGAUCAGGAUCUGUAUUGUGUCACAACAGCAAUGGUCCACUACGGUAAAGGUGUCGCCUUCUCAGCAAUGAACAAGAUGACAGAAGCUGAAGAACAACGCAAUCUCUUCGAAAAAUCAUUAAAGCGAGUCCCCUCCUCUCGUACGUUAUUCAACAACACGUGUACCGAUAUCCUCAACAUUGCCGCUGCAAUGCUAUCCGGAGAGAUGGCUUAUCGCGUAGGAAAGGACUUCGAUCUCGCGUUCAAUCAACUUGAACGAGCUAUCUACCUCGAUGACAACCUCCCAUACGACGAGCCAUGGGGUUGGAUGCAACCCACUCGUCACGCACAUGGUGCUUUGUUACUCGAACAAGGAAGGGUUGAGGAAGCUGUGAAGGUUUAUGCUGCAGACCUAGGAUUCGUCGAUACCUUGCCACGAGCGUUGAGGCAUCCGAAUAAUGUCUGGGCGCUGCAUGGUUAUUAUGAGUGUUUGGUGAGAUUGGGGAGGAUGGCUGAGGCAAGGAUUGUGGAGCCGCAGUUGAGGAUUGCUGAGGCGGUUGCGGAUGUUCCUAUUAAGGCGUCCUGCUUUUGUCGACUGAAGACAGCCACAUGAGAAAUCAUUCAAAUGAAAAUUACAUUAUUU